GAUUAUAACAAUGAAGUUGUUUUUGCUUUUAUUUUUAGUGCACCAGAGUGCGGCUAUUAUAUAUAAAUUAAAUUUCACAGAGUUCAGCAAAAUGCCUGAUCUGUUCCUAAUGGACGAUUAUGACAAAUGUGUGGCGCAGCCGGGAGGGACUUAUUGCCUGGCCGACGCAGUCCUGUACUCCAAGGGUGACUCCGAGCUGAUGCAGAUGAUACUGGAAUACUCAGAAUACACGAAAAAGCAUUUUAACCACACCGUGGUACACAGAGCGGUGUGCGUCCAAGAAACCUGCAAGAAAUUCAUAAAGAAUAGGAGUUUAGAAAACGAUACGGACCUAGGAUUGAUCCUUGAGGAAUGCAUCGACGACUCUAUGUGGAAGGAAUACAAGCUUAAUGCCAGGUUAAAAGAAAUAAAUUAUUGCAAGAGACAUGGACAGAACAGAGCACUCGGCGCUGGAGACUACAUUAUGGGAAUUGUGUACUUAUCGCUAGUCGCCAUCAACGCAGUUGGCACCGCCUAUGACCUGCUUAAAGGCGAAAAUGCAAAAAAUACGUAUCUCCUGGCGUUUUCCAUACGCAAGAACUGGCGUAAGCUGGUGGCGCCAAUAAGCGGCGUGGGACUAGACCCUCGGCUAAACCGACUCACCGUAUUUAACGGGCUCAGGGCUAUGACAAUGAUAUGCGUGUUCUUCUCGCACACCGCGCUUAUAAUGGUCUUCUCAUACCUUAAAAAUCCCUACUAUAUCGAGACGUCAUACGAGGAUCCCGGAAAAUUUAUCCUCUUCAACGGGACCCUAGUGACGUACACGUUCUUUGUCAUGUCCGGAUUCCUGUUGGCACUCAACUUCGAGCUGCAUGCCGAGAAGCACCGAGUUACCCUGUGGUAUUGGCCCAAGGGCAUGCUGAUGCGAUGGCUGAGAUUGACCCCAACGUACGCCCUCAUAAUAUUCACGACCAUGACCUUGAUGCGGCACUUGGGAGACGGGCCGCUCUGGCACCUGCUGGUAACCAGCGAAGCGCCGGCCUGCAACCAGUACUGGUGGGCGCACUUGCUUUAUAUCAACAACUACAUCUAUGACGAUUCGCAUUGUUUCCCGCAGAGCUGGUACCUGGCAGCAGACACGCAGUUGUUCGGCGUCGGUUUGCUGCUGUGUAUCCUCUUCCGGAAAUGGCGUCCGCAGCUCCUCGCGUUCAGCGUCAUGCUGAUCAUAUCCAUCCUAAUUCCAGCAGCCCACACCUACUUCCAAGAUCUGGACCCGGUGGUCUUACAGAGUCCAGAGGCCUUACGUAGUAUCUAUCGCACCGAUGACACUUACCGGCUGGUGUUUGUGCGCGGACACACGAACCUGUCGACAUACACUUUGGGCAUCGCCGGCGGGCUUCUGACCUACCACUGGUUGAAGAAGGACCAGAAAAUCUCUGCACGUCUACAGAAAUUCGCCUGGGUGCAGUGGUUGAUGUUCCCCACCGGUGUGGGCAUGAUCCUGACGGGUGGUGUCUUUUAUAUUGACGGCUUUGAACCCUCCACCCUGCUCCGGGUUCUGUACGCGUGCCUCUACAAACCUAUCUUCCAAGUGGUGAUCAUUAUAAUAAUAUUGGCCUGCAUAUUCAGGGUUGAAAAUACGUACCGCGGCAUCAUCGAGUGGCGUGGUUUUUCAUGGAUGGCCCGUUGCACGUACAGCGCUUUCUUAGUGCACGGGUCGCUACAGCGCGGCCUGAUUGGUGCGGGGCGACAGCCUGCAUUUAUGUCUGACUUUUAUGUGAUGACAAUCCUCGCGUCGACCAUCUUCCUUUCAUACGGGCUGGGUGCGCUUCUGUGGAUCACUGUGGAGUCUCCGCUCGCUCAGGUGUCUAAAGCGGCCCUCGCGCCACGACGAGAGAAGGUGGAACCGAAUGAAGAGGUCACUUCUAAAGUCUGAG